CGUCCAGUCUAUGUUGAUCAUUGACCCAACGCGCGACUACAGUGGGAGUACAGCUCCGAUAGACUUGAAGUUCGCGACCACCUUCAGGCGUCGUACAGGAGCUGCAAGUCUUGCUUGUCGGAGGCGCAUCUGGCGUCUUGUGAUGCUGGCUGUUCCGCGGAUGGGGGUAUGCUGAUGUCGUGCGCCUCCAACUAUCACCCAGGACGUCCUUGUGGCCACCGCAGACGACCAACCAGCGUUCGCCUGGCUCGGCGACACAUUGAGGCUGACGGCGAGUGACGGUAGGCUGACGAGUGCCCCGUGACCAUGACAUAAUCUCCGGAAACAGCAGGAACACCCCGGCCCUUAUAAAUAUGUUGGGCCGAGGGAUUAGGCGCACAUACGCACCUUGCCAGAAACCAUGACUACCUCACUCGACCUCCUCAAGCAGACCGGCACCGUCGUCGUCUCCGACAGCGGUGACUUUGAGUCGAUCGAUGUCUACAAGCCGCAGGAUGCGACGACGAACCCAUCGCUCAUCCUCGCCGCGGCGGGCAAGGAGGGCUACGCGCGCCUGAUCGACGCUGCCGUUGAGUACGGCAAGUCGAAGGGCGGCGACAAGGAGACCCAGGUCAACGCCGCGAUGGACCGCCUGCUCGUCGAAUUCGGAAAGGAGAUCCUGAAGAUUAUCCCUGGUCGCGUCUCGACCGAGGUUGACGCCCGCCUGUCCUUCGACAAGGCCGCCACCAAGGCGAAGGCGAAGGAGCUGAUCGCGCUCUACGAGAGCGUUGGUAUCAAGAAGGAGCGCAUCUUGAUCAAGAUCGCGUCGACUUGGGAGGGCAUCCAGGCCGCGCGCGAGCUCGAGAAGGAGGACGGCAUCCACUGCAACCUCACCCUCCUCUUCGGCUUCGCCCAGGCCGUCGCCUGCGCAGAGGCCGGUGUCACCCUUAUCUCGCCCUUCGUCGGCCGCAUUCUCGACUGGUACAAGAAGAACAAGCCGGGCCCGAGCUACGAGGGCGAGGAGGACCCGGGUGUGCAGUCCGUGCAGAAGAUCUUCAACUACUACAAGCAGCACGGCUACAACACCAUCGUCAUGGGCGCUUCGUUCCGCAACAUUGGCGAGAUCAAGGCCCUCGCGGGUGUUGACUUCUUGACCAUCUCGCCUUCGCUGCUCGAGCAGCUGAAGAACUCUACCGACCCGGUCCCGAAGAAGCUUGACGCCUCCAACGCCAAGUCCGCCGCCCCCAUCCCGAAGGUUUCUUACAUCGACAACGAGCCCGAGUUCCGCUGGGAGCUCCUCCAGGACCAGAUGGCGUUCGACAAGCUCCACGAGGGUAUCAAGAAGUUCGCUGAGGACGGCGAGACCCUCAAGAGCCUCAUCCGCAAGAAGCUCUAAGCGCUCACUGAGCGUUAGGCGCCGAUUGCGACUUUGGGAUGGCUGGACUGCAGUAGAAGUAAUGAAUCUUGUAUACGUAAAAACAACUCGCUAUAGAGGAUCGUGUACCGACAUGUAAUGCAAGGAUUCGGCUCGGCCGAUGCCUUUUGACUUUAUCCUUGCGUACGCUAUGACUGGCAAAUGAGGCGUUUGCCUUUGUGGCUGACGCUGGCGUCGCCUUCAAAGUCUACCUGAG